UGUGUUAAGUGAGACAAAAUGAAAUUGUUUGUGUUGUGGUUGCUGUGCAUUUUGGGUGCGAGUUCUACGAAAGCGCAAUAUGAGCGCUGCACCAAUCCCAAUCAGCGAGCUGGUCUCUGUGUGCAGAUCAGCGAGUGCCAAACAUUGUAUUCGGUGCUGCAGCAGGACAGCCUGUCGGCUGUGGAGAAACAGUUCGUGCGGGAGUCCAGCUGUGGCAUGGGCAACGAUAAUCGUCCUUUUGUGUGCUGCACCCGAGAUACGGGCUAUACUAGCAGUCGCAGCAUGGACUAUGGCGACUUUGCGAACUUUGGCAACUUUGGCAAUGAUUACGACUUUAGUUGGAAUCGGGCACCAAACGCACCUCAGCCGACAACUGUGCUGUUCCCCGCCCAGAACAUUAGACCCUGGAGCUUUGGCGCUGGCAGCAACAGGCGAACACAGCGACCACAGCGGCAACAGCCGACGCGGCGGCCACAGCAGCCACAGCAGCCACAGCAGCAACAGCAACCGGAUGGUUCCACAUUGUUGCCACAGCUGCCAACUUGCGGUGGGGUGACCAUCAGCAAUAAGAUCUAUGGCGGCGAGAAUGCCGAUCAGAAUGAGUUCCCCUGGACGGUGCUACUGGAAUAUCGACUGCUGACCGGCAAUGGAUUGGCCACCAGCUGUGCGGGCACAUUGAUCAAUCAGCGUUAUGUUCUAACGGCAGCCCAUUGCCUGGCUGGACGCAUUCUGCGCGAAAAGGGACCACUUAACUCUGCGCGUUUGGGCGAACAUGACACGCGCACUGCAAUGAAUUCCCCCAGCAGCGGUGGUCAACGUUUGGGCAUUGAGGAGACGCGUGUCCAUGAUCUCUACAAGGAGAAGUCACCGAAUCAGCUGCAUGAUAUUGGCCUGGUUCGCUUGGAGAGCAAUGUGCGCUACUCGAACAGCAUUAAGCCCAUCUGUCUGCCCUCGGUUGUGGCGCCGGAAACUAAUCGAGCCGGCCAACAGUACACAGUGGUUGGCUUUGGACGCACUCUGCGAUCCGCACAGAGUCCCAUCAAGCAAAAACUGAUCGUCAACUUUGUGGAGGCGGCGCAAUGUAAGCGCAAAUUUGCCGAACGAAAGAUUAGCAUUAUGCCGACGCAGUUGUGUGCAGGUGGCAAAUAUGCUCAGGAUGCCUGCGAUGGUGACUCGGGUGGACCGUUGAUGCGCUUCAGGAAUGACGCCUGGGUGCUUGAGGGCAUUGUCUCGUUUGGUUACAAGUGCGGCCUGAAGGAUUGGCCGGGUGUCUACACAAGCGUCGCUGCCUACGACAUUUGGAUCAAGCAGAAUGUGAGGCUAUCACUGUCGCUUUAUUUAUUUUUCUUCUUUUUCUUUUGUGUUGUGUUUUGUUUUUGGCACUUUGAGCUUCGUCGGCUCUUCCGACUCGCUGCUGAGGUUUCGGUUUCGGCUGCCAUCGCCGUUGCGCGCAGCAUUCAAAUUCAGUUUCAAUACACGGCUGAGCGUUCACGCGAGCGGAUUCACAUUGUGUGCGUUUUUGAUAGCCGACAUUCGACAUUCGACACCAUCUAUCCUCUCCCACUGCAAGUGCUUUUGGGGCGUUUGCGAUUGCGUAUUGCGUAUACGCCGCGUGUUGUGCUCGGUGUUUGUUUACACAUUGGCAGCGCCACGUUUCUGUCACAAUUACGAGUGCGGCAAUUGCGAUUGAUUUAUUUAUUCAGCCGAUCGCUGAUGUACCGCCUCUAUCCAAGCAACGGCGCAUUGUGGGCGGCGUCCAGCGCACUGCUUGCCCUUGCCCUCGUCAGCAGCGCUCAGCAGACGGAGCAGACGGAGCAGGCAGAGCAGACGGUACGCCAGGCCUGCGAUAUACCCAACGAAUCGAAGCGUGGCGUCUGCGUCCAGGUGAGCCAGUGUACCGCCUAUCUGCAGGUGCGCAAUGUGUCCAAUCUCAGCUCGGAGCGCGUCAACUUUCUGAAGAAGGUGCAAUGCGAUCUGGAGCAGAUAACAUCAGCAGCUGCUACACACAAUGACAGCGCCGAUGAAUCCGUGUACAAGCCACUUGUGUGCUGUCCAGCCAAUGGUCAGGAUUAUCUCUUUCCGGUCAUACAAUUCUCCAAGUUUGAGUAUCGUCGCUUUCUGGAUGUCACAGCGCGCUUCAAGCGCAAGCAGCUCAAGCGACGCAUUCAAACCGUUGAACCCAGCACGGGCUUCAAUCUGCUGAACGAGUGUGGCAAACAGGUCACAAAUCGCAUCUAUGGCGGCGAAAUUGCCGAACUGGACGAGUAUCCUUGGCUGGCAUUAUUGGUCUAUCAGUCGAGCGAUUACGGCUGCAGCGGCACACUGAUCGAUGAUCGUCACAUCCUGACCGCCGCCCACUGUGUCCAAGGCGAGGGAGUGCGAGAACGACGCGGAUUGAAACACGUGCGUUUGGGUGAGUUCAAUGUGAAGACGGAGCCGGACUGCAUUGAGGAGCCGAACUAUUUGAGCUGUGCGGAUGCUGCACUGGAUAUCGGCUUCGAGCACAUACAUGUGCAUCCCGAGUACAAGGAGUACUCCAGUCACAAAUACAAUGAUAUUGCCAUAAUCCGACUAAAACAUCCCGUUAGCUUUACGCACUUCAUAAUGCCCAUUUGCCUGCCCAACAAGACCGCCCAGAUGCCAUUGACUGAGGGCCAAAUGUUUUCCGUGUCCGGCUGGGGACGCACCGAUCUCUUCAACAAGCGUUUUGAGAACACACACAGUCCGAUCAAGCUGAAGCUGCGUAUUCCUUAUGUCUCCAGCGAGAACUGCAGCAAGUUGCUGGAUGAGUAUGGCGUCCGUUUGGGUCCCACGCAGCUCUGCGCCGGCGGCGAAAGGGACAAGGAUACGUGCGCCGGAGACAGUGGCGGUCCUUUGAUGUACUUCGAUCGCCAGCAUUCGCGCUGGGUAGCCUACGGCAUUGUCAGCUACGGCUUUACGCAGUGCGGCGCCGGCCCGGGUGUCUAUACGUCUGUGUUGAGCUAUCUUAGCUGGAUCGAGAGCAUCAUCAAGUCAUAUAACACCAAGCAAACAUUCUAAAUGUGGAACGUUUAAGCGACGGCGUUGACUGAGUUUGAAGUUAGAUUUACUUUUCAACAGUUGGCGGCGCCUAGCAUCUAAAAGUGGGAUGGGCUUAUUUGUGGGCAUUGGACUGUUGUGCUGUUUAUAAAUAUUUGUACAUAUUUUGCCAAGUGUCUAAUGGAAAUUCUUUCAUUUUACAAUUAGUGUGUGUGUGUGUGUGUGUGUGUGUGUGUGUGUGCCAGAGUGAGUGUGUGCAAGUGUGUCUGUAUUGGUGUACAUCUGUGAGCUAACAAAAGUCUGAAAAACAUGUUUCUAUUUAAAUAAGCUAUUAAAAUAUUUAUACACA